GGUGCGAACAGAAACCAGACUCAACGAUUCCACUUUAGGGUUGUGAAACGGUUAGAAGGAAGUUUCUGCAGAACGUUUAGGGAAGCUCGUCUUCUUCUGAUGUUUGAAGACGGAACGACCACCAGAGGAAGGAAGAGCAGACAUGCAGCAACGUCCUCGCCGCCUCACCUCCACCGAGCAGAGAUGGAGCGCCGCGGUGCUGAUGCUCCUCGUGAUGCCAGGUGUCCUCCCUGAGGCGGUGGUCCAGCAGCCCCCCGUCGUCUCCGCCGCCGUGGGCGAGGACGUGCUUCUGCCCUGCGAGCUUCAGCUCUCCAGCGAGAGCCUGAUGACCACGCCCGUGUUUUACUGGAGUCUCUGGAGAGGCACUGAGAAAGUGGAGGUGAGGCCGCCCAACCAGAGCGACGCCCAGACGCCCACCAACCAGCCGCUGCUGCUCAGAGGCGUCAGCUGGGCCCACGGCGGGAGCUACCUCUGUAAGGUCUCCCUCCGGACGAGACCCAAGGGGAGCUACAGGACGAACGGGAAGAAAACCACACUUCUGCUUUACGACCAGCUGCUCUUUGAGCGCUGCAUGCUGGACCACACGAGGAUCUGCUGCCAGGGGAACGUGACGCAGGACGCCGCCUUCUCGCUGUCCAUCCUCCAUGAUGGACAGACAGUCCCAGCAGAUGCAGAUGCAGCUGCAGAUGCAGCCGCAGAUGCAGCCGCAGCCACAGCUCAGGCCCAGCCCUUCACCUUGUCCAGGACCGCCCCCCUGCAGGGCGCCGGGAGGUACGAGUGCCGGCUGCUCCUCGGAGAAGGUCUGAUGACUGAGAGCCUCCUCAUCCUCAAUGAGACCGAGGCAGGAGGGGGCGGAGCCAACACUACAUCAAGCCGUCCCUUUGUGGGCGUGGCCCCGGAGCCGUGGCUGCUGUACGGCAUGGUGCUGCUGGUCCCCGUCACGGUGCUGCUGGUCCUGGGGAUGGUGCAGAUGAGCAGAAGGCUGAAGGAACCUCCUGAGGAGGUGUGCUGAAGGACCUCAGCAGCUGAAUCUGUGGACCGACGGCGUCACGGUCAUCAUCAGCCUCCACGAGGAACACAGUCGCCGCUCCUCUGCUGCUGCGGACUGGAACCAGGAGGGAGGAGCUCAACCGUCCCUGCUGAUGGAUCCUCCUGAACCAGCUGAACUCUGACCUUCAGCUGUUCACCACUGAAGGUUUCUGCUCUCAUGUUCUGGUUUCAGUCAUGAUGCAGCGAAUCAGCUCAACCACAAAUCAGAGGCUACAGCCAUAAACAUCAGUACAAUGUUUAAAACAAUAAAGAAGUCAGUUAUUUUGUCUAUAUUUUAUGAUGUGCUGAAACUCAAGAAUCCAUGUUUGUUUUGGCUUUCUGUUGUUUUAUUGUUUAUAUUUUAAGAGAGAAAAAAACUAAAACUGAUUUAUGUGAAUCAAAUACAUCAAUAAAUUACGAAAUAACAAUAAAUGAAUGAGUAAAUGAUGUUUCCUGUUUCUAUGAUCAAGUUCCUCCAGUGAAGCAGCAGCAGUGGUCAAAACGUUUGGACAGAUGUAGACUCCGCCCUCAUCGCCUCUUUCUGACCUUCUAGGAUGUUUUGAUUUGUUCAAAUUUUCUUUAACUUCGUGUGUUUGAAUCUGCAGCAUCAAGAGUCAAAUGUGCUUCAAU